AUGAAGAUCCCCUCUUUGCUGCUGAGAUUCCCUCGUUGUUAUUUCUCUAGAAGAACUUACUUUGCAAACUUUCACGUCACUUCCAGAGCAGAUUUCCUGUGCGUGGAAUCUCUUAUGCCAGUGCAUCACUGUCGUACAGAAUGGAUAUGUUCAUCAAACGGUCUGAGGAGAAAGCUGUGUCAACAAGUGGCCCCUGACCAGCAAAUAGAGGGACUUUCUGACAGAGAACAAAGACUGGUAGACAGACUUUACAAUGGACUAAUCCAGGGUCACAGAGCCUGUUUAGCAGAAGCCAUUACACUUGUAGAAUCAACUCAGAGUAGGAAGAAGAAAAUAGCCCAGGUGCUCCUUCAGAAGGUAUUAUCCUACCACAGGGAACAAGAAAAGCUAAAUCAAGGAAAGCCACUUGCCUUUAGAGUGGGGUUAUCUGGUCCUCCUGGUGCUGGGAAAUCGACUUUCAUAGAAUGCUUUGGCAAAAUGCUUACAGAAAGAAAAUACAAAGUGUCCGUGUUGGCUGUAGACCCUUCCUCUAGUACAAGUGGUGGUUCUCUGUUGGGUGAUAAAACACGGAUGACUGAGUUGUCAAGAGACAUGAAUGCAUACAUCAGACCCUCUCCAACCAGAGGGACACUGGGGGGUGUGACAAGGACUACAAAUGAAGCCAUUCUGCUGUGUGAAGGAGGAGGCUACGAUGUUGUUCUUGUGGAAACAGUAGGUGUGGGACAGUCAGAAUUUGCUGUGGCUGAUAUGGUUGAUAUGUUUAUAUUACUGCUACCACCUGCAGGUGGAGAUGAAUUACAGGGUAUCAAACGGGGUAUAAUUGAGAUGGCAGAUCUAGUGGCUAUAAAUAAAGCUGAUGGUGAUUUAAUUGUGCCUGCACGGAGAAUACAAGCUGAAUACGUUAGUGCUCUGAAGCUGCUUCGCAAACGUUCAAAGGUUUGGAGACCAAAG